UUUUUCUAAAACUUAGGUUAAGAUUGAAUUCUUAAUGGUAUUUCCAAAAACCCAUCUAAUCCUUUCUGGGUUUGCUUCAUCUCCCUCUCUCUCUCUCUCUCUCUCUCUCUCUCUCUCUCUCUCUCUAUCUCUCUCUCUCUCUCUCUCUCAUUUUCUAAAAAUUCCGGUUAAAGAUUGAAUUUUUCAUGGUAACUUUAAAAUCCCAUGUAACCGUUUCUGGGUUUUAAAAAUUGGGUCAAAGAUUAAAUUUUGGGGUUUCUGGGUUUUUGAAUUUCUCAUUCUUCUUCAUUUUCUUGCUGCAUGCAGUUUCAAAAAUUGGGUCACAAACUACAUUUUUCAUUUUGUUUUCUGUACUUAUAAUUUAUCCUGUCAAAAACCAUGCAAUCAAAAUUUUCAUGUUUUGCCCUAACUUUUACUUUUCUUUUUUUUUUUCGUUGCAGAAGAAGCUUAAACAAAUCGUUUUUCAGUCCAAUCUGCUCAGUUCCUGUCUGCAAUGGCCGCCGCAAACAAAGACAACCUUUCUCAACCCAACAACGCCGCCAUUCAAAACAACACCGUCGAUUCCCAGAUCCCGGACCUCAACCUGGAAAUCUCUCGCAGCGGAAUUUACACCGAUAAUUCCAACCAAAACCCUCUCGACCGGUCCUCCACGGUGGCCAGGGCGCCGCAGAUGGCUUCUGCUCCGAUUCGUUCGAUACGGCUUCUGAGGGCAAGCUCUCUUCCAUCAGAGUCCCGGUUGGCGAUCAGGAACAAGGACGUUCCAACAGCUCAGAGGCAGAUGAGCCAGCAACCAGCUGCUUUGCCGGAGGUGGCUAGGGCUUUAGCAGCUCCGGCAUCUCCAGCAGCUCUGGCGGUGCGUAGUGCGUCUUGUGCUUCUAACGGUGCCGGGGCUUCGGAUACAAUCUACCAUUACAAAGAGGAGGGAUAUUUCACUGUGUCUCGUGCUGCAGAGGGUGCGAUAAGUGUUCAGACGUUGCAUUCCCAAAGGAAUGUUACACCAGUAGCCUCGUCUGUAACAGCGGCCACUACAGAAGAGGUUGGCCCUUCACAAAGUACACCAAAGAGGGUCAAACAUUCCACUGGAAGUGUUCCCCAGAAUGAUGGGGACGACAUGGUUUCAGUGAGAACCACUGGAGAAGGGGGAAGACAGAUAGAAGGAAUAUUGUAUGCCCGUGAUGGCGAGGUCCACAUUUUGUGUGUCUGUCACGGCCUCUUCCACUCCCCUGCCGAAUUCAUUAAGCAUGGCGGUGGAAAGGAAGUCGCCAAUCCUUUGCGGCAUAUAUUUGUCCGCCCUUCUUCUGAUUAGGUUGACGGUGGUGGCUCCGUCACCCCUUAGGAAUGUAACUGAUAUCAACGUUUUAAUGAACAGAAUGUUAAUUAACAUAUUAGCACCCUCAUUUGAGCAGUUACUUUAAUUUUA